ACCUUUCCACUCAGAUGUCUCCAGGCAACUCAGACACAAUCCCAACUCCUGCUUUUCCUUUGGGACCUGCUCCUCUUUCCCCUUUCCCAUUUCUCUGGAAGGCAGUUCCAUUCUUUCAACUGCUCAGGCUAAAAACCUGGAGUCCUUCUGGACCUCUCAUCUCUUUCUCACCCCUCUUUGAUCCAUCAGCAAAUCCUGAUGGCUCUGCCUGCAGAAGAGAUCCAGAAUCUGACUACUUCUCCUACAUCUUUUGCCACCACCACCCUAGUCCAUGCUGCCACCAUCGCUUGCCUCCAUAAUUGCAAGUGCCUCCUUCCUCUGUCCUCACCCACCUCCACCUUCAUCUGGUCCCCCAUCACUUCUGCACAUGGAAACUAAAGGUAUACUGCUCAAAUUAGAUCAGGUCCCUCCUCUGUUCACAGAUCUUCUCAGCUUCUGGGGCCCUCAGAAUAAAGGCCUAGCAUGAAACCUCCCCUGGAGCUUUCUGGUCCCACCAGAAGUAAUGGACUUCAAGUUUCCCUAAUGCCUUCCUGUCUGGAUGGCCUCCAAGGCUUUGCACAUGCAGGUCCCUCUGCCUGGAACAACUUCCAUGCUUCAUUCCAAGACCGCUAAAAAUGGGGUGCGCACACCCACUGUCCCAGCCUGGAGGGAAAAAGAUGACCCCAGGCAGGACGCCCUCAGUUUCGCUUUUAGGACACUGGAGCUUGGAAUCCCGUUAGGCGGAGCUUGGGAGACCUUCCCUUACCCAUGCCAAGUCCACCAGCUCUGUCUCGGACGGGGACCCGGCGCAGUGGGCCCAGUCUGGCCUAGGGCCUGGUCCUUUCUGACAAUGCCGCUGGCGAGCCUCAGACGUGCCUUAGGUCAACCUACCCGCCGGACCUCAAUUCCCGACAUCCCUCGCGGUGCCGCUUGGUCUUUGUCAUGGUGACACGGAACCUCGGUCCCCGCGGAAAUAGGAUUUACGGUGUGAACCACACUACCCAGAAGACGCUGCGCUGCGCGGGGCAUAUCCGUUCGCACCGCGCCGGGCAAGGGCGGAACUUCCGGCGUCGCCCUGAGGUUUUUCUCUUGACUUGCUGUGCGCCGGUUCGAAGGCCCUGAAACCUGGGUUGGGGAUGCGUUCUGGAAACUACAGGGCGUCAGCCUCCAGGGCUCGAGGUGCUCGAAGUGUGGAAGGUGGGGACGGCUCUUUUCUGGGCCUCUGCGCCUGCGGGCGGGGCCUACGAGCUACCAUCCCCAACUCCUCGAGCCUCGUUUUCUCGGAAAUAGAACGGACCGCCGUCGGGGAUGUCCGCCGGGACUUCCGCUAGAGCCUGUCCAAGCCGGUGACCUGACCAGGAGAGGCGCCUUGGGCGUGCUUCCACCAUACUGAGCGGGAGACCGAGGCUCGGAGGGCUGGCUGGCUGCCCGCAGCGGUCCAUUCCUAACGGGCGCGCCGCGGCUUCUCCUCGGACCCUAGCGGGUUACCAUGGGAACAGCGGCGCUACCGGAAGUCUUUGGAGAGUGAAGGGUCCUGCUUACAGAAGCCGGGCAGUACCCCUAACCCCAAGCUCCUGGAGCCCCGACGUUAGUGAAUGAGGCCUGAUGGCCUUCGAGGAUGUGGCCGUGUACUUCUCCCACGAGGAGUGGGAGCUCCUGGACACAGCCCAGAGGGCCUUGUACUGCCACGUGAUGCUGGAGAACUUCGCACUUGUGGCCUCGCUGGGACUCUCUGCCUCACGACCCCGGGUAGUCGUCCAGCUUGAGCGUGGAGAGGAGCCCUGGGUUCUCGGUGGGACAGCUGCAACACCAGCCAGGACUGCUCACAGGAAGCCCAGCCCUGCGCCUCCUGGAGGCUCUGGCCUUGGCUUGCCCACCAAGGGGGAGCUCCCGUGGGACCCCAUUCCAGGCACCGGGGCACAGCCUUUACCAGGACGCUCCUGGUCCUGCUUUCAUGGAGGUUCCCGUCAUCUGGCAUACGACAGGGUUGUUCCAGGAGAAGCAGAACUGCCAGGGGCCUUCCAUGAUGGCUCCCCUCCAGCACCUCCGAGGAUCCUCCCCUUCGCUGGCAUCUGUGAGCGUGGGAAAAGCCUGGACGGCUGGUGGGGCACCUCCCCCUCUCAGGAGAAAAAACCCACAGGGGUGUCUGUAAUCUACUGGGAACGGCUCCUGCUAGGUCCUGGCAGUGGGGAGGCCAGUGUCAGUCUGCGGCUGACCUCCCCACUGAGGAUGGCCGAGGACAACCCACCUAGGGAGAAGGCCUUUGUGACCCGCCCCAUGCCAGGCAAGCAGCUAAGGGCAUGUGGGGGCCAGAAGCCAUAUGGGCGGGAGGCACCUGGAAGCGCUUUCCCCAAAAUUCCAGAAUUUGAGUCUGGUCUCACCUCCGGGGAAGGAGGAAAGAGUCCAGCUAGCCACAAGCCUCAUGGACUCCCCGCUGGCCAGGAGCCCCCAGCCUGGGAUCAGCUGGGCAAGGCCCUCCACACAGGCCCUGGCCUCCUUCCCGGGGAGAAGCCCUUCGAAUGCAGGGCGUGCAACAAAGUGUUCGUGAAGAGCUCGGACCUGCUCAAGCACCUGCGCACGCACACCGGAGAGCGGCCGUAUGAAUGCGCGCAGUGCGGCAAGGCCUUCAGCCAGACGUCGCACCUGACGCAGCACCAGCGCAUCCACAGUGGUGAGACGCCCUACGCGUGCCCGGCCUGUGGCAAGGCCUUCCGCCAUAGCUCCUCGCUGGUGAGGCACCAGCGCAUACACACAGCCGAGAAGUCCUUCCGCUGCAGUGAGUGUGGCAAGGCCUUCAGCCACGGCUCCAACCUCAGCCAGCACCGCAAGAUCCACGCAGGCGGGCGGCCCUAUGCGUGUGCCCAGUGUGGCCGCCGUUUCUGCCGCAACUCACACCUCAUUCAGCAUGAGCGCACCCACACGGGUGAGAAGCCUUAUACUUGUGCCCUUUGCGGUGCCGCCUUCAGCCAGGGUUCCUCACUCUUCAAGCACCAGCGUGUGCACACAGGCGAGAAGCCGUUCGCCUGCGCACAGUGUGGCCGCGCCUUCAGCCACAGCUCUAACCUCACGCAGCAUCAGCUGCUGCACACGGGCGAGCGGCCCUUCCGCUGCGGGGACUGCGGGAAGGCUUUUGCCAAGGGCGCGGUGUUGCUCAGCCACCGACGCAUCCACACCGGUGAGAAGCCCUUUGUGUGCGCACAUUGUGGCCGCGCCUUCCGCGAGCGCCCGGCCCUCUUCCACCACCAGAGGAUCCACACGGGAGAGAAACCUGUGCGCAGACCCCGGCGUGGGGCAGGCCUGACCCCCCAGGCCAGGCCUUCUUCGGUGGUGUCAUCAGAGGGCUCACUGGGGAGGGAAGCGGGGUCCACUCCUGCCUCAGGUCCAGCCACAGUUUCGAAGCCUGCUGAAGCCUGAGUUCACAGCUCCAACCUUCCCUGGCUUGUCGUAAAACACCUGCGUUCCCUGCAUAUCCACGUUUUGGAGAAGACCGGUGUGUGCACUGUGGUUCCAUGUGCACGUGGUGACGAUAUUUGCCAUUUCAGCCACGGCUCACUCCAACCCUAAGUGGUCAGGCUGCAGAAAUAGCAGGGGGAUAUUCUCCCCAUUUGGAUGCUGGGACUUUGGCAAGGCAGAGACUUGGCAAUAGACUGGCGUUUCAUGCCUAUGAUGACUGUGGGUGCCCAGGUGAGGAGGGGGACUGCUGGAAUGCGGGGGAGGCAGUCCUAGAAGUUUCCCCUGUCCAUGCACAAACUGGCCGCCAGGCCGACCCUCAGGAUAUUCUUCCAAGACCUCACUUCCUCCAAGGCCUCCUGGGAGCGGACCCAGUGGGUAGGAGGUCAUGUGGGGGUCUGGUGUUGACCUUGGGCUCUGUCUUAGCAUCCACCUCUGGGGAAAAGAACAGACGAGAGAGGGAGAGAGAUUCAGGCCUACAGAGGGAUUCUGACAGGCAGGAUCUUGCUAAGGGCCAACAUGUGCCAGUUGCCAGCCCUGUGAGGCAGCCGCUGUGACUGCUAUCCCCACUUCUCAGAUGAGGAAACGGAGGCAGAGAGAGGGGAUGUGAGUUGUACACAGCAGAGCCAGGACUCGAAUCCAGGCCACAGGCCCAGCAUCCAGACAGCUCACCAGUCUGCCCCCAGGCUCUGGCAGCUGUGCUCGGGUCUGCCAGUGUGAGAGCUGGGUGAUGCCAGGCCUGGCCGCCCGCACAUGGCAGUCCCACAGUGGGUGGGCCAAGUAGAGGUGGAGGUCCCUGGGGUGGGGAGAGGGAGACAGACAUCAAGAAUGAUGGCUCUUGAGCCGUGCUCUUUCAUUCGGUUUCGCAUCCAAGCCUCAGCAUUGGCCACGUCCCGUUGUUACCAAAGGUACCGCUGCAGGAGCCUUUAUAUCCCCCCUGCCCUGACGAGAGGUGAUCAUAACAACAGGUUUGGAGGAGACCGCAUGGGGCUCCUUGGUUCUCCCUGUGGCCCUCAGCAGACCAGGGCCCAUCCUGACCUCAGUCCUCACACCCAGGGAUGUUAGUGGUCUCUUUACUUGGGAACAAAAAAGAAAGAGCAAAAAUUAGAAGUUGGAAUGGAUGCACAUUGUGUAAAUCCUUGCACAGCACUGGGAAGUCCACAGCCUCAGCCUCCCCUUCCAGCCUCCAGGUCAUGGUUCAGAAGGGUUUAAUGGCACAGUCCAGAGAGGCUUCCUGAUAAAAACUUGUCAAACA